AUGGCGGACGCAGCAGAAACCUCCAUCAAGGUGGUUUGUCGGUUCCGGCCGCUGAACAGCGCCGAGGUCGCCCGAGGAGACAAGUACAUCGUCAAGUUCCAGGGAGACGACUGCGUGGUGAUCGCGGGCAAGCCGUACUACUUCGACCGGGUCUUCCAGUCCAGCACCACCCAGGUCCAGUUCUACAACACCGUGGCCCAGAAGAUCGUCAGAGAUGUCCUGGACGGGUACAACGGGACCAUCUUCACCUACGGCCAGACGUCCUCGGGAAAGACGCACACCAUGGAGGGGAACCUCCACGACCCGGACAUGAUGGGCAUCAUCCCCCGGAUCGUCCAGGACAUCUUCAACUACAUCUACUCCAUGGACGAGAACCUGGAGUUCCACAUCAAGGUGUCUUAUUUUGAAAUCUAUCUGGAAAAAAUCAAGGACUUGUUGGACGUGUCGAAGACCAACCUGUCCGUCCACGAGGACAAGAACCGGGUUCCGUACGUCAAGGGGUGUACCGAGCGCUUCGUCUGCAGUCCCGAAGAGGUCAUGGACGCCAUCGACGAGGGCAAAAACAGCCGACACGUGGCCUUCACAAACAUGAACGAGCACAGCUCCCGCAGCCACAGCAUCUUCCUCAUCAACAUCAAGCAGGAGAACAGCCAGACGGAGCAGAAGCUCAGCGGGAAGCUCUACCUGGUCGACCUGGCCGGCAGCGAGAAGGUCGGCAAAACCGGGGCCGAAGGGACGGUGCUGGACGAGGCCAAGAUGAUCAACAAGUCGCUGUCCGCCCUGGGGAACGUCAUCUCGGCGCUGGCCGAGGGCUCGACCUACGUUCCGUACCGGGACAGCAAGAUGACCCGGAUCCUGCAGGACUCUCUGGGGGGGAACUGCCGCACCACCAUGGUCAUCUGCUGCUCGCCGUCCUCCUUCAACGACGCCGAGACCCGGUCCACGCUGCUGUUCGGGCAGAGAGCCAAGACGGUGAAGAACAACGUGUCGCUGAACGUGGAGCUGACGGCCGAGCAGUGGAAGAAGAAGUGGGAGAAGGAGAAGGACAAGAACAAGACGCUGAAGAACACGGUGACGUGGCUGGAGGCCGAGCUGAACCGCUGGAGGAACGGAGAACACGUGCCGGUGGAGGAGCGCUUCGACAAGGAGAAGGCCUCGGCCGAGGUCCAGGCUCUGGACGGAGCGCCCGGCGACAAGCCGGCGCCCAAACCCGAGCUGAGCGGCCUGCCGGGCGUCACCCUGACCCCGGUGGACCAGGGGAAGUACGGCGAGGAGAUGAGCAAACUCUACAAGGAGCUGGACGACAAGGAUGAAGAGAUCAACCAGCAGUCUCAGAUGGUGGAGCAGCUCAAGCAGCAGAUGUUGGACCAGGAGGAGCUCUUGAACUCGUCGCGCCGCGACCACGACACCCUGCAGAAGGAGCUGAACCGGCUGCUGGCGGAGAACGAGGCGUCCAAGGAGGAGGUGAAGGAGGUGCUGCAGGCGCUGGAGGAGCUGGCCGUCAACUACGACCAGAAGAGCCAGGAGGUGGAGGACAAGACGCGGCAGUUCGAGGCGCUCAGCGAGGAGCUCAACGAGAAAUCGAGCUCGCUGGCCUCCAUCGACUCGGAGCUCCAGAAGCUGAAGGAGAUGACCAACCACCAGAAGAAGAGGGUCACCGAGAUGAUGUCCUCCCUGCUCAAGGACCUGGCCGAGAUCGGCCUGGCGGUCGGGAGCAACGACAUCAAGCAGGACGGCAGCGGCCUGAUCGACGAGGACUUCACCGCGGCCCGGCUCUACAUCAGCAAGAUGAAGUCCGAGGUCAAGACCCUGGUGAAGCGCAGCAAGGGCCUGGAGGCGGCGCAGGCCGACGGCAGCCGGCGGCUGGACGACACGCAGCGCGAGCUGACCGCCUGCCAGCUGCGCAUCUCCCAGUUUGAAGCCAAGAUCAAGUCGCUGACGGAGAACGUGCAGAACGCCGAGCAGAAGAAGCGGCAGCUGGAGGAGAACCUGGACUCGCUCAAUGAGGAGAUCGUGAGGAUCCGGGCUCAAGAAAGAGUGAACACGAUGGAGAAGGACAGCGAGAUCCAGUCCGCCAACGAAGUCAAGGAAGCCGUGGAGAAACAGAUCCUGUCCCACCGAGAGGCCCACCAGAAGCAGAUCAGCAGCCUGAGAGACGAGCUGGACAACAAGGAGAAGGCCAUCACCGAGCUGCAGGAUCUGAACCAGAAGGUGGUCCUGGAGCAGGAGACGCUGCGACUGGAGCACGAGAAGCUGCGAGCCGCCGAGCAGGAGAAGAGCCGCCAGCUGCAGGAGCUCACGGCCAUGCAGGACCGCAGGGAGCAGGCCCGCCAGGACCUGAAGGGCCUGGAGGAGACCGUGGCCCGGGAGCUGCAGACCCUCCACAGCCUGCGGAGGCUGUUCGUCCAGGACCUGGCCACCAGGGUCAAAAAGAACUCUCAGCUGGAUUCGGACGAGGCCGACGGCAGCGCCGCGCAGAAACGAAAGAUCUGCUUCCUGGAGAGCAACCUGGAGGAGCUGACCAAGGUCCACAAGCAGCUCGUCCGGGACAACGCCGACCUCCGCUGCGAGAUCCCCAAACUGGAGAAGCGUCUCCGGGCCACGGCGGAGCGGGUCAAAGCCCUGGAGACCGCCCUGAAGGAGGCCAAGGAGAACGCCGCCCGCGACCGCAAGCGCUACCAGCAGGAGGUGGACCGCAUCAAGGACGCCGCCAUCAAGCCCAAGAACAUGGGCCGGAGAGGCUCCGCCCAGAUCGCCAAGCCCAUCCGGCCCGGCCAGCUCCCCGGCGCCCCCAUCAGCCUCGGCGUCAACCGCUCCAACCUCAUCCAGAACAACCAGCACUGAGGCGCGAGAAGAAGAGCGCCGCCGCCCCUGACUCACAGCGACGCCCACGUUCCCGACUGACGCUCCCGUUUCUGUUCCUGAUCCAGAUCCAACGCCUUGGAACCCGGCCAAGACCGGGACCUGGUCUAAAUGUGUCCAUAGUGUAAAUCCAGCCGAGCACCAUCCCCAGCUUCAGAGCGUUAUGCUUUACAAAUCUAUCACCACCCCACAUGUCCUCUGCCCCCUAGUGGCUGCUGUCAGAACAGCAUGUAGCCUGGAGACAGUGCUGCCACCAGCUGUCAGCGCCCGGUACUACAGCCACUGAAACAGAACACUGAAGCUCAGAUCAGAUCGUUUUCCUUCCUCACAUGAGCUGAUAGACGCGAUUAUUUAUGAUAGUGAGGAUUAGCCUGUUAGCUUUAGGAUUAGCUUAUUAGCUUGUAGCUCUUUGCUUCACUUUUAAAUAACAGAAACUUGCUGAUUCAGCUGAUUGAAGAAUCAUCAUGAUUGAAGAAAAAUAGUUUUAAACCG